UCCACGUGGUUGGUGCCGAGUUCCAUUCACGUGGAUAGAGAAGAUGUUGGAAGACGCAGAGCGAGAUGCGAACCGUGGGGAUCAGGAGGCAGGAGAGGCCAACAACUCUCCGGCCAAGGAAAGUAGACCCCGGGGGAAGAGAAGGGCUUUGGCUUCUGAAGGCCUUUUGCAGCCGGUGAAGGUCAGCAAGGCGACACUCUACAAGCCCCCAACCAGCGAAGAGUUGAGCCAGCUGAAGGAGACAGAGAACCUCUUCCACUCCAAUCUCUUGCGCUUGCAGAUCGAGGAGCUUUUGAAGGAGGUGACGCUCAAAGAGAAGAGGAGACAGAAGAUCGAUGCCUUUCUCCACCAGAUCAAUGCCCUGCUGGCCAAGAUCCCAGCGACUACCGAGACUGACAUGACAGACCAGUCCUGGCUUCCGAAGGGCGUGAAGGUGCCUUUGGUCCAGGUGCCUUUCAGCGUGAAGGGCCGGUUCCACUUCCUGCCUCCUGUGUCGGUGAAAGUCGUGGGGAGUUACCUUCUGGGUACCUGCAUCAAGCCGGAAGUCAACGUGGACGUGGCUCUAACCAUGCCGAGGGCAAUUUUCCAAGACAAGGACAACCUCAACCAGCGCUACCACCGAAAGAGAGCCCUCUACCUGGCCCAUGUUGCCCACCACCUGGCCAAGGAGCCGCUCUUUGGGAGCGUGAUGUUUGCCUACGCCAAUGGCAACCAUCUCAAGCCGGUGGUCCUGCUGCAGCCCCAGGGGAAAGACGCCAAGACGGUGACGGUCCGCCUGUACGCCUGCCCUCCCCAGGGCCUCUUCAAGCCCUGUCGUCUGUAUCCGGGCAAGAACAAUGUCCGCACUGCCUGGUUCACGGAGAAAGGCGCGCCUACGGCAGGCGAAGCUGAGCCGCCCACCCCCCACUACAACAACUCCAUUCUGUGGGACCUGGCGAUGGAGGCCCACCUUCAGUUCCUCUCGGGGUCAGCCAGCGACUUCCCGGGCAUGCGGGACGGAGUGGCCCUCCUCAAAGUCUGGCUGCGCCAGCGGGAGCUGGAGAAGGGUUUCGGAUGUUUCAACGGCUUCCUGGCGUCCAUGCUGGUGGCGUACCUGUUGUCCAGGCACCAGAUCAACAAAGUGAUGAGCGGCUACCAGGUGCUGAGAAAUGUCCUCCAGUUCUUGGCCUCUACGGAUCUUACUACCUCUGGAAUCAGCCUCUCGAAGGAUGGAGACGGCUCACUGCCUACCUUGACUGACUUCCACAGAGCUUUCCAGGUGGUCUUUGUAGAUUCUUCUGGACUGGUGAACUUGUGUGCCGAUAUGUCUGCUAGCAAAUACAAGCAGAUCCAGUUUGAAGCCAAGCACUCAAUGGAAGUUCUGGAUGACAGGACGGUGGACGGAUUUCAGCUUUUGCUCAUCACUCGCAAGUCUCUGAUUCAUGCGUUUGAUCACUGGCCGAUCAACGCUGAACCUCCGAAGCACAAAGACACUGGAUCCCUCUCUUUCGGCCUUUUACUGAGCCCCGAUUUUGCUGCCAGCGUCUUGGAGAAGGGGCCGGAAGCGGAUUCUCCGGAGGCGGUCGAGUUCCGGAAGUUCUGGGGGGAGCGCUCGGAGCUGAGGCGUUUCCAAGAUGGCUCCAUCUGCGAGGCCGUUCUGUGGGACGCAACGACCCAGAGCCAGAAGCGCCUCAUUCCAGAGCAGAUCAUCCGGCACCUCUUGCAGUUACACACGGACAUUCCAGGAUCUGCCAUCUGCUAUACAGGCGCUCUGCUGGAGUCUUUGAUCAGAUUGGGACGUGAGCCAGCGGGCACCGGCGAGGAGGCCAUGGUGGACGUCGUCCGCUCCUACGAUGACCUGAGCCGCAAGUUGUGGAACCUGGAGGGGCUGCCGCUGACGGUGACCGCCGUGCAGGGGGCCCAUCCGGCGCUCCGCUACACAGAUGUCUUCCCUCCAGUCCCUGUGAUACCGGAUUAUGCCUACUAUGCCAGGAACAAGGAUCGGGAGUCUCUGGUGCCGCUGGCGGAGAAGCCCUGCCCUGUUUAUAUCUCUCCAAUGAAAGUCCUGUGUCACAUGGAGGGGAGCGGCCAGUGGCCUCAAGACCAGGAAGCCAUCCGGCGGAUCAAGGCCGCCUUCCAGAUCCAGCUGGCGGAACUCCUGCGCCGGCAAUACCACCUCCUCUGCCGGCCCGGCCCUGCCUACACUGAUGUCUAUAAGGACGGCUACGUCUUCCGCCUCCGAGUGGCCUACCACCGAGAGCCGCAGAUCCUGAAGGAGGUGGUCACCCCAGAGGGCAUGCUGAAGUACCAGGACACCGAGGAGUCCCUGCGGCUCGAACUGGAGACCCUCCACCUGCCCUUCCUGACCAGCACUCUUCACGGCCUGCAGCAGCAGCAUCCAGCUUUUGGGUCCACCUGCCGCCUUGCCAAGCGCUGGGUCAGUGCACAGAUGUUGAACGACAGCCUUUCAGAGGAGUGUGUGGAUUUGCUGGUGGCGUCCCUCUUCCUCUGCCCAGCACCUUACAUGGCGCCCAGUUCUCCCCAGGUGGGCUUCCUUCACUUCCUUCGCCUGCUCGCCACCUUCGACUGGAAGAACAGCCCUCUCAUCGUCAACCUGAAUGCUGAACUCAAAGUUUUUGAAGAGAACUCAGAACGCUCGUCUUGGGUCUUUCAGAAUGCCUGGUGGAGAGCCAGCGCCAUCUCCGCUCAGCACCACAAGAUGAAUAUGGUCUUCCGCCCCCCUCUGGACCUCUACGACGUCCUCAUCCACCUGAAUCCCAAACAGAUCCCAAGACACCUGCAAGCGGUGGACCGGCCAGUCAAAUCGUUCAGCCGAGGGAUGUUAGCGAGUGACGCUGCGGUGAAAACCCUGGCCUUUCCGGUGGUGGACUACGACCCGGUCCAGCUGUAUCUCCGGGAGCUGCAGGCAUCCAUCAUGAGAGGAAGAAUGAUGGCACCCAACACAGAGUCACUGACCGUCCCCAACGUGGCAGCUAUUUUAGAAGACUUUGAGAUCUUGGGAGAAGGACUGGUCAGAGCAGUGGAGACCCGAUCAGAGAAAUGGUCCAUCUAGAACCUUCCGGGACUCCGUUACAUUCUGAGCCUCUCACCCGGUAGCUCAGGGUGUGCCCGGACUCAUAACAUUUCGCUUCAGAAUUCUCUUACAAGGAAGGUAUUUUUAUUGCACAGGAACCUCUCGUAAACCUGUUUCUCAUGUACAUUCACCCCCUGACUUUCCUGAUUAAAAAAAAAAG